CACAACACAACACUAUUUGGUUGAGUAAAGUACCUAAGCUAACUCAACAAAACAAUUUAAGAGAUUAUUUGCAUUGCAUACAUUGGUACUGAAAUUAAUCAAGUUUCAUCGAUCAUGGCAAGCUCAACGAAGCAAGUAAUGGUGAUCGGCGUAGACGAUAGUGAGUACAGCACUUAUGCCUUGGAAUGGACCCUUGAUCACUUGGUAGCCCCUCUUCCCAAUAAUCCCAUCUUCAAGAUUGUUCUUGUUUAUGCCAAGCCUUCUGUUGCUACUACUGUCGGCUUUGUUGGCCCUGGAAUUGGUGAGGUCAUCCCUGUUGUGGAUGCAGAUUUGAAAAGAACUGCUGCCAAAGUGACUGAUAGAGCUAAAGAACUCUGCGUCCAGAAAUCGGUAACAGACGUAACGGUGGAAGUGAUAGAAGGUGAUGCUAGAAAUGUUCUCUGCGAUGUUGUGGAGAAGCACCAUGCUUCAAUAUUGGUUGUGGGUAGUCAUGGUUAUGGGGCUAUCAAAAGGGCGGUUUUAGGGAGUGUAAGUGACUAUUGUGCUCAUCAUGCUCAUUGCACUGUGAUGAUUGUGAAGAAGCCAAAAACCAAACACUGAUCUCAUGGACUGAGAUUUUAGUAUUUGGUAUUAGUACUACAGCAAUAAACACAAAUUCAGCAGAAGGAAAAUUAUAUGUUUGUCCUAUUUGCCAAGCUAUAUGCUUUAUGGUUCAUUUCACUUCUUUUUUCUUUCUAAGAUGGAACCAUCAAAAUAAUACAUGUAAUAUGAAGUGACUCUUCUCCGCAUAAAUGACUCAUGUAAUCAUGGUUUUGUAGUUUGAUUC